UCAGUUGUCGCCUCCCCAUCCCGCAGCCUUGUCUUCCCCCGCACGCCUCCUCCCCUUCGCCUCCCCCGGUCUCCGAUCUCUAGGUCCCGCGGCGGCGGCGGCAGAGAUGGCGGCUCCGGUGGUGGACGCCGAGUACCUGCGCCAGGUCGACAGGGCGCGCCGCCAGCUCCGCGCCCUCAUCUCCAACAAGGGAUGCGCCCCAAUCAUGCUCCGCCUCGCAUGGCAUGAUGCUGGAACUUAUGAUGUGAACACAAAAACUGGUGGCGCAAAUGGUUCGAUUAGAUUUGAGGAAGAGUACACCCAUGGUUCUAAUGCUGGUUUAAAGAUUGCUAUCGAUCUCCUUGAGCCAAUCAAAGCCAAGAACCCAAAGAUAACAUACGCAGACCUUUAUCAGCUUGCUGGAGUGGUUGCAGUUGAAGUGACUGGUGGGCCAACUGUUGAGUUUGUACCUGGCAGACGCGAUUCAUCAGUGUGCCCCCGUGAAGGGCGUCUACCAGAUGCUAAGAAAGGUGCACCACAUCUGAGGGACAUCUUUUAUCGGAUGGGCUUAACAGACAAAGACAUUGUAGCUCUAUCUGGUGGCCACACUCUGGGAAAGGCUCAUCCUGAGAGGUCUGGAUUCGAAGGUGCCUGGACACAAGAGCCUCUAAAGUUUGAUAACUCAUACUUUCUUGAGCUGUUGAAGGGGGAAUCUGAGGGGCUUCUUCAGCUCCCUACUGACAAGGCACUAUUGUCGGAUCCUGAAUUUAGGCACUAUGUUGAGCUUUAUGCAAAGGAUGAAGAUGCCUUCUUCAAAGACUACGCUGAAUCCCACAAGAAACUCUCAGAGCUUGGCUUCGCUCCUCGCGGUGCAGCAUCUGCAAAAACAGAUCUUCCAACCGGUGCCGUGCUUGCACAGGGUGCCUUUGGGGUAGCAGUUGCUGCGGCUGUAGUUGUUGCUGGCUACUUAUACGAGGCUUCCAGGAAGGCCAAGUAGAUGGCAAAGUUCUCUGCCGCACCGCUUCGCUUAGUAAGUAUGAAGACCGAAUAACAGGAUCAUAGGAAUAAGGAACCGCAGCAUUGCGUCUGAAAAUAUUUUGAAAUUCUUACGAACAGAAACAUUGCCUUCAUGUUUACAUUGUACUAAUGAAUCUUUCAAUGAGAAUGAUAUGGAGGUGGCAUAGCCUGCUAUCGAACGUAUCUGCAGACUGUGUAAUCUUUA